UGUAUUGGUUUUAACAGAACCUGUAAUGGUCUGGUAAUUUGUUCCCUUCUACUGGUGGCAUGUUAUGUCCAGUGGAUACCAUUAAGGACCAAUAGAGGAAAUAGUAAUGGGUUUUAAUGGUUAACUGAUGGUUUGUAAUGGUAUUUAUAUGUUUAUAUUGUUGUUUUGUGUGUGUAUGAGGGGUUGUUUUUUUUUUUGUUGUUUUUUUUGCAGGGAAUGUCUACCUGUAGCACCCCAAACACAGAAUCACCCUUAUACAUGUUAUGUGUACUUUCAAAAAUUUCAGUCCUCUUAAACCAGUCUAUUCUCCUGCCGCGUCUGCGCUCCAGAACAGCAGGUGGCGCUGGAUCACAGACCGCCGUCCCCGACGAAGAAGACGACGCGCUGCAGUUUUUCCCAAUAGGAGAACUGUGCUUUCUGAUCCAUCUACUCAUCUUUUUCUAUAUAAAUCUUUGUGUCAGGGUUCUUACAAGGAAAGACAUCUAUUUGAAUUACAAAAUAACCAUUCAUUAUUCUAGCUGUGUUUCAGGAACUUGUCUCGGUUCUGCUUUAGAAAGAAAGCUGUGCAAAGACGUGCAGACAGAAACUCGUACAGAUUCAAAAGAAGGGACAUCAAGCUCUCUGGGAGACGUUACCGCCGUGGAUGAACAGGACGAAGGAUUGCUGAAGAUCAUAAAAGUGGAAGAAUCUGAAGAUGAAGGUUACCUCGGUCAAGGGGCAUCAAGCUCUUUGGGGAACGACCAACAGAAGAAACGUGUUAAAGAAGAACAGCCCGAACAUGAUGAUGAAUACCUCUACUGUGAGGAUUGCAAGUCUUUCUUCAUCAAUAAGUGCGAGUUUCAUGGUCCAGCUGUUUUCAUUCCUGAUACCCCUGUUCCAGUGGGGGUCACCGAUCGAGCCAGACUAACCCUUCCGCUUGGUCUAGAAGUUCGACAGUCUAAUAUUUCUGGCGCAGGCUUGGGCGUGUUUAACAACGGGAAGACUGUUUCGGUUGGUGUACAUUUUGGGCCGUAUGAGGGAGAGCUGGUAGACCGAGAGGACGCCAUGAACAGUGGCUACUCCUGGGUGAUCUACAGGAGCAGACAGAGUGAGGAAUACAUAGAUUCUAAAGAAGAGAUCCAUGCUAACUGGAUGAGAUAUGUGAAUUGUGCUCGUAAUGGUGAAGAACAGAAUCUUGUGGCGUUCCAGUAUCGAGGAGGGAUUCACUACCGUUGCUGUCAACCCAUCAGACCAGGACAGGAGCUCUUGGUGUGGUACGGAGAGGAGUACCCAAGAGAUCACGGCCUUGAAUUCAGCUGCCUCUGGAAAAAAAAGUCCUCCAUAAAUGAAAUGAAAGAUGGCCUGGUGCAAGUCUUCUCCUGUUCCUGGUGUCACCUUUCGUAUACAUCGCAAAUCUAUCUCCAGAAACACAUCAGAAGAAGCCACUGUAAGGAGGAUUUGAUGCCCACAAGAAGCUCUGGUAGUCAGCAAACACUUUCCGGUCCUCUCCUCACCGUUCCCGGACAAGAGCAGGAAGAAGUCGAUGGCUGUUCAGACUUCGGGAAGAGUUUCACUCACCCGGGUGAUUUCCAAACGCACCAGUGCGUUCGCACGGAAGAAAACCUUUACGAUAGCUCAUGGCGUGGAGAACGUUUGACUCACCAGAGCGAUCUACACGUACACCAGCACAUUCCUGUAGGAGAGAAACUGUACCGCUGCUCAGAGUGUGGGAAGAGCUUUGCUUUCCGUAGCACCCUACAAAUUCACCAGCUCGUUCACGCCGGAGAAAAGCCGUACCGUUGCUCGGAGUGUGGGAAGAGUUUUAGGCGCCCGAGCAAUCUCCAAACGCACCAGCGCACUCACACAGGAGUGAAGCCCUACCGCUGUUCGCAGUGUACCAAGAGUUUUCGACGAAAAAGCCAUCUGGAGACCCACCUGCGCGUUCACACCGGAGAGAAACCGUACCGCUGCGCGCAGUGCGGGAAGAGUUUCGCGCACCAGAGUUCUCUCCAGACGCACCCGUGCGUUCACGAAAGAGAAAAGCCGUAUGGGUGCGCGCAGUGCGGGAAGAGUUUUAGCCAGCAGAAUCAUCUCGAGGCUCACGAGCGCGUUCACACCGGAGAAAAGCCGUACCGCUGCGCGCAGUGCGGGAAGUGUUUUACGCGACAGAGUAAUCUCCAAGCACACCGGCGCAUUCACACCGGAGACAAGCCGUAUCACUGCUCAGAGUGCGGCAAGAGGUUUACCCGACAAGGCAACCUCCAAGCACACCAGCGCAUUCACGCCGGAGACAAGCCGUAUCGCUGCGCGCAGUGCGGGAAGAGUUUUACCCGCCAAAAUCAUCUCCAAACCCACCAGCUCAUCCACACCGGAGACAAGCUGCAUCAGUGCUCGGAGUGCGGGAAGAGUUUUGCUUUUCAACGGAAUCUCGAAAUCCACCAGCGCACCCACACGGAAGAAAAGCCGUUUCGCUGCUCGCAGUGCGGGAAGAGUUUCGCUCACCAGAGCAACCUCCUAAGGCACCAACACCUUCACACAGGAGAGAAGCCGCACCGUUGCUCGGAGUGCGGGAAGAGUUUCACUUACCACAGCAAUUUACAAAUACACCAGCGCGUUCACACGGGAGAGAAGCCGUAUCACUGCUCGCAGUGCGGGAAGAGUUUCGCCCACCAUUGUGCUUUCCACGUGCACCAGCGCCUCCACACCGGAGAGAAGCCUUUCCACUGCUUACAGUGCGGAAAGAACUUCACUCAUCAGAGUCACCUCCGGCAACAUCAGCUCACUCACACGGGAGAGAAGCCGUACCGCUGCUUACAGUGCGGGAAGAGUUUCAGACGGCAGAGUAAUCUCCAGAUACAUCAGCGCGUUCACACGGAAGAGAAGCCGCACUGUUGCUCGGAGUGUGGAAAACGUUUCACCCGAAAGAGUACGCUCCAGACACAUCGGCGCACUCACACCGGGGAGAAGAUGUAUAUCUGCUUACAGUGCGGGAAGAGCUUCCCUUACGAAAGUCACCUUCAGGUGCACAAGCGCGUGCAUACGGGAGAGAAGCCGUUUGAAUGCUCGCAGUGCGGGAAGAGUUUCGCUCAUCAGAGUCAUCUCCAGGCUCACCAGCGCAUUCACGCAGAAGACAAACCGCACCAGUGCUCACAGUGCGGCAAAAGUUUUAGUCGAAAGGGCACUCUCCGACUACACCAGCGCAUUCACACGGGAGAAAAGCCGUUCCACUGCUUACAGUGUAGAAAGAGUUUUAGACGGCAGAGUCACCUCCGAAUACACCAACGCAUUCACACCGGAGAGAAGCCGUAUCACUGCUCGGACUGUGGAAGGAGAUUCCCACAUUCCAGUACGCUUAAGACGCACAAGUGUGUUAACACCGAGCCAUCAGUAACCGUGGUUAUAUGAACCCCAGGUAAAUUCCAGGGGUGGUGAAUAAUCACCCGAGUUCCUCCUCGUGGGUACGCGUGUC